GGCGUUUCAAAAUCAUAAAUUAAAGUUUUUUUGUUGAUUAAUUCACAAAUCUAUAAAAUAUUUCAACUUUAUCCUCUUCCCAAGUUUCCAACGCUUGAAAACAUAUCAAUUCGAAUCCGAUUCCCAUUGCGAACGAUUUCGAAUUUGCCAACUUGCAUUCAUCUCCAGAGUUAAAUUCCCACUGAGGAGAGAGUCUGAUCUGAUUCUUUAGUUGCGUAGAAGAAGAAACAGAGAAGGAAUGUUGAUGGCGAAUUGUGGCGCUGUGGAAGAAGACAUGACGGAAACUGAAUCUGUUGUGUUAAUGGCGGCUACUACUACGCCGACGAAUCCGAAGACGGAGAGGGUGGUGGUUAAGGAAGAUGACGCUCAUCACCCUUACGCGUUUCACGUUUCGGGACCUAGAAACGUGGCUUCUCCUAACUGGAGAGAUCUCAUCAGUUCCAGUUGGAAGGAUCCGAACUACAAGAGAACAGUAAUGGCAUGCUUUAUUCAAGCAGCUUACUUACUUGAACUCGACAGACAAGAGAACAGAAACGCGCAAAACGCUCUCGCACCAAAAUGGUGGAUCCCUUUCAAGUACAAGUUAUCGCAGACGCUGAUUGAUGAGCGAGACGGAUCCAUAUUCGGAGCUGUUCUUGAAUGGGACAGAGCAGCUGCGAUGUCUGAUUUAGUCGUCAUCAGACCAAGUGGGGCACCAAAAGCAGUACUCGCUCUCCGAGGAACCAUACUAAAGAGUCUUACAAUGAGACGUGACAUAGAAGACGAUCUCCGGUUUCUAGCUUGGGAGAGCCUUAAAGGUUCAGUGAGGUUUAGCGUUGCUCUUGAAGCGCUGCAGUCGGUAGCUAAGAGAUAUGGGAGCAGUAACGUUUGUAUUGUAGGUCAUUCGUUAGGAGCUGGUUUUGCUUUACAGGUUGGUAAGGCCUUGGCGAAAGAAGGACUAUUUGUGGAUGCUCAUUUGUUCAAUCCACCUUCUGUAUCUCUCGCUAUGAGCUUAAGAAACAUUGGUGAAAAAGCUGGGUUUGCUUGGAAAAGACUCAUGUCAAUGCUUCCUCAGAAAAGCGAGCCUUUGAUCCUAAAUGGUAAUGAAGCAGAGAUGGCUCCUAGUCCUGCCAGUGGUUCAGGUUUUAGGAACUGGGUACCGAGUUUCUAUGGGCAGAAUCAGAAAUCUUCUGUGGAUUUGAGAAAAUGGGUGCCUCAUUUAUAUGUGAACGACAGCGACUACAUCUGCUGCCACUACACUGACCAGGGUGGAGUAAAUGAGAAGGGAGAAGUGCACAAUAAGGAGAACAACAGUCCUCUUGUGAACACUAUGCCUCAAGCAGCAGCAAAGCUUUUCGUGAUGUCGAAAGGGAAACAAAAAUUUCUCGAGGCUCACGGAUUAGAGCAAUGGUGGUCAGAUAAUCUAGAGCUUCAAUCAGCUAUUCACAGCAGCAGGUUAAUCAGUCAGCAGCUCAAAUCAUUAUAUAGUAUCAAGUAAACAUCAGCAUGAUGGUAACACAUAAACACUCCAUCGGUUCAAUAAACAUGUUUGCUCUUUAUUGUUUGCUUCAAGAACACUCAUUCCAGGAAUGUAACGAUAUAAAUGUAAGAAAAAUCAGUGGUAACUGAUCUGCCCCAUUUUGUAGAGAAAUAUAAUUUCUAUCUUUU